UGAGAGUGUGUCACAAUUGCGAUUAGCGCAGAUCCUUCGAAAAAAAAGGCUCGGCCUUCGUGCCAAUAAACUACUACAGAUUAAUAAAUUUUAGAGUACGUUGCCCUCGCGAAGAAGCCCGAGACGGUCGGCUCCAUUUUUGACUUGCUGCAGCCGGCUGAAGAUCUGCAUACCUAGAGCUUCGUUUUUCGUCGCUGGCGCCUGUCUUCUAUAUUCGUCAGACGAAUGGGAAUGGUCCUGAUGUUUACGACAUUUCUUGCCGCCCACCUCGCCACUUGGACUUCACCACAGUCCUGCGUUGGCCUCGUACGAGAGGCGACAGAUGAUAGCCCUAAAGUCCCACCUGCAUCGUCCACGUACGAGACAUACCAGGGUUUUCUCGACGGAGCAGCUGGGGAUCGUUUUCGGGACCGGCUGGUGCCUUAUUUGCUCCCUCACGCCGACCAGGACCAAGGAGGAGAUCGACGGAAAGCCAAGUCACCUCCAAUAGACGAGGCCGCGUUUGUGCACGUCAGUUUGAUGCAUUCUUGUCGCGGUAACGGAGAGGAGAAAUCGUGUUGCAAUCGCAAGGAUGACGAUGAAAAUAUCGAAGGCAGUAGAAAAGGCGCGAACGGCUCGUCUCGCGAGAGCACAUCAACGAUUUUCCGUGUCCUCGUCCUCGGGUCCGGUGAGUCCGAGCUUCCAUGGCAGUUUUCGGAACACGCGUUUGAAUGCCCAGCGCAGCCUUUGUCAGGUCGUAAUCCUUUCAGCGGCGAUCAUCACCUCGUAUUCGAAGAGGACCAAUUACAUGCCAAGGAGCAACGACUACUUUGCCUUGUGGAUCAAAAGGGCGGCGCUGAGGAAGUUCUUGUCGGCGAGGGAGCUAAGAGUAUGAUGGGUGUUGCGAAUGAAAAAUGCUCUGCAGCUGCUUCUGGCGGAAUAGAUCAACAUCAGCUUGAGCAGGUUGACAAGGUGGAGCAGAAGCGAAAGUCAUCUCCCUGCUCUGCUCCCCCUGUCAGCAUUGAAGUGUCGACAAUUGAGGAACGCGAGAUCCUCGUCGAGCAGGAGGACGAACCGACUCGAAGCCUAGUUCCAUCUAGGGAAGCAACCAUGACAGGAGCACCUGCUGCACCUGCAACAGACAGUAACAGUAGCAUCAAUCUUCUCGAACUCGACGCGAGCACUACCCCCGAUGCCACACACAGCAGCCGUUGGCGCAGGCUCACCAGGCUGCGAGGAGAUUUGUUCCAUAUGGAGGUGAGCCCGGAAAGACAAAGAGACGGUCGUGAAGACGACGAUAUUUCAACUGGAGCUGGGACGUUAAAGGACGCCGACGAUGGAGGUUUGGAAUCCAGGAGUUCGGUUCUGCAUGGCAGUGACAAGGUGCUGGUCAGUUAUCGAGUAGACGCCACAGAGGACCAGAGGGCUGGAACGGGAAAAACGUCGACCGGGACGACCUUGACGACCACUUCAAGCCCAAGCGCCAUUCGUGGCACCAACGUCGUGAAGCAUCAAUUUGAUCUGAUAGUCGACAAGGGUGUCUUGGAACUCUACCCUGACGGGUUUACGCGGUAUCUGAGCUCCACGGGAUUCGACUUGUUGAAACCUGGUGGAUUGCUCGUGUCUAUCGGUCCGUACGCCCCACUUGUGCUACACGACAAGGAAAAAGAUCUUGAAGGGGGAGGCGCAAAUGCAAAUGGAAAUGGAAUGCGACGAGAUCGGGGUGGAAGCAUGAUGACCAUGACACGGGAACAAGACAUAGACAACUACGAACUUGUCGAAAAAGCUGAAGAUCACUAUCAUGGUAGCAGCGCCGAAAGCAGCACAGACGACGAACCCGACCACCAGCUGCGAUCUGAGGACAACAUCGUCAGCAUGGACAGCCCGCGUCUUUUUCAGCCUGAGUGGUGGCUGAGUGAUAAAAACGCGCCUUCGAAUUGGGUGAAGAACGUGACCACGUUUUCGGCCGUUUCGUGUGGCCGUGCAGGACGACAGGCUGCUGCUGCUGCUGCUGCUGCUGCAAAUUCAUCUUCUUCGGCAUGUAGUCCUCAACCUCAUAGAACGUCAAAAAGCCAAACAAUAAGAUCAUGGCGUUUGUUGGGAACCGAGAUUGUUCCGAAUUCCAAAAAAUGGGUGGCCAAUCCCGACCGCUGGUUCAUGUAUGUGCUCCAGAAGCAGUGGGAGGGGGAGGCAGCUAAGUCUUUUUUCGCGGGAGGAGGAGCUGGAGCUGCUGCUGCAGUCAGCUGAGUGAAAACAUGUUGAAGACUGCACGUACUAAUAUAUGAUCAACAUGUCUUUGCGUCGUUUCACCACAAGAGCCUUCCGAAUACUCGUCACAAGGAAGAAAAUCCGACUUUCGCCUCUGUGUAGAAUUAUUCCACUUUCGCAGUCAGUUUUACAAGUCGACGCCGACGAUAGGAAUCCGAAUCUCCAGGAUCUACUUUCAAAGCGAGUUGUGUCGACAUUGGCAUGCCCAUUCCGCGGUCUCAAAGAUUUUAGUACGGACACGGAUUUAGUGGAAUUUCUUUAGUCGCUCAAGUUUAAUACUACAGUGCGUCACGUAGAAGUAGGCGGCCACAAGGAAAGCGUCGUGCAUGUAGUUCGCGAUUCUGUUGCCGCAGGCAAACGCAAUGGAAAUGGUGUACUCCAUG